AUGAGUCUUCCCGAUCAUCCAUCCACGAAGCCUGAAGUCAGCAAGGAUGGCUCAGUACACAGAACCAAAGUCCUCCUCCUGGGCACCAGAAGGAGCGGAAAGACCUCGAUCCAGCAAGUUUUGUUCAAUGAUCUUCCACCCAAACAAACCUUCUACCUGGAACCCACAAUGCGUGUGACGCAACACUUGUACGACGCUAAAGGCAACAGCACCAUCAUCCCUCUAGAACUAUGGGACUGUCCCGGAAACAUUACUGUCGACACGCUCGGCGCACCGCUCUCGGACUUCUCUACCGUGGUUUUCGUGGUUGAUAUACGGGACAACUACCAGCAACCUAUAUCAAAAUUGGUUGAAUUCGUCGCGGGGGCAUAUGAUGUCAACCCUGGGAUUAACUUUGAGGUGUUCAUCCACAAGGCAGAGAAGCUGCAGGAAGAUGAUAAGAUCGAGAACUUCCGUCAGAUACAAGAGAGAGUGACGGAGCGCUUGGCAGAUGAAUCACCCGAGUACGAGCAAGUUGCCCUAAACUUCCAUCUCACAUCGGUCUACGAUCAUUCCCUGCAAGAAGCGUUCUCGCGCGUCUUACACAAGCUCAUAGACUCAUUGGAGUUUAUCGAGGGUCUGUUGAACGUUUUCUGUUCGAAUACAUCGUCGCCAAAAGCUUUCUUAUUCGACACCACCAGCAAGCUCUAUGUCGCGACUGAUUCCUCGCCUGUGGAUCAAGCAACACAUACCUUAUGUUGCGACUACCUCCGAAUGCUAAGCUCUUUCGCUCCACUGUACAAAUCGAAUGCCGCAAGCGAACCUCGAGUGCACGCCCUUUCCCCCACACCUACACCGCCACCAACGGCAACAUCAUCAUCACCGGCUUCGACUAGCUCGGCUCGGGCAUUGCUGAGCCAAUCACCCUCCGAUGAACCAUCCUCCGGUGUCGCCAAGAAGUCACUGUUCUAUCCUUCCGCCGCCGCUUCAUUAUCACCCUCGCAUCCAGGUACAACGCUUACGUAUCACCUGGUGACACCUCACCUCGCGUUACUGGCUCUCCUGCCCACUACGGUGUACGAGAUGCGUAAAGGCCUGGUGGAGUGGAAUGUGGUUUGGCUGAGAGAGGGCAUACGGGAGAUUUGGGAAGUCGAAAAGACGAGGAGUACCACCACGCACUUUACAUGA